AUGACUAGUCCGACAACUGCCAGCCUGAUCGGUGUGGCUAUUUCUAUCUGCGGAAAUGUGGGGAUUUCGAUCGCCCUCAAUCUUCAAAAGCUAGCUCAUCAGAGGCUUCAAACAUCAUCAAAUCAGAACAAUUCAUCUCCAUUACCUGCAAAACCAGCAAGAGAAUUCGAUGAAGCCGCAGAUGCCAGCGAACAGACUCCUCUUGUAUCCUCCGAUAACCCAGCUUCCCCCAGAUACGCAUCGCAGGCGAACAGUUCGAACUUGGAUUCUUCCUCCAAAUUAUCUUACUUGCGCUCACCAAUCUGGUGGCUCGGAAUCCUCUUGAUGACAGGUGGUGAACUGUGCAACUUCUUGUCAUAUGGAUUUGCACCGGCUUCGCUUGUAGCUCCUCUAGGGACAGUGGCCCUGAUCAGUAAUUGUGCGGUAGCACCCCUUUUACUUGGCGAACAGUUUUACAAGUCCGAUAUCUUUGGUGUCGUACUUGCAAUCCUUGGUACAAUUACCAUUGUUCUGAGCACCCCGCGUAGUACACAGGCUUUUUCUCCCGCGCAACUCCAGGAAGCAUUAUCUCAAGUGACUUUCAUAGUAUAUGUUUCCCUGUGUCUAGUCGCAGUUGUGGCUCUGGCUAUCCUGUCCAGUUCGCGUUACGCAGAGCGUUUCAUCGUGAUUGACGUUGGAUUGUGUGCAAUUCUAGGUGGCUUCACCGUUCUCUCCACAAAGGCAUUGAGUUCGUUACUCAAUCAGAUGUUCAUCGCAUGCUUCAAUUAUCCGGUAUCUUGGUUAGUAACGGCCGUUCUUGUUGUCACCGCUGUGACUCAAGUAAUCUUCUUGAAUCGAGCUCUCCAACGAUUUGACUCAAAGCAUGUCGUACCUGUUCAAUUUGUGCUUUUUACAAUCAUCGCCAUCGUCGGAUCUGCGAUCCUCUAUCAAGAUUUUAAGAACGUGACCUCGGCCCAAGCUUUGAACUUUUUCUUUGGUUGCCUCUUCAUUUUUACAGGAGUAUAUAUUCUUACUUGGAACAACGAUGAAAGCGACAAGGACAACGCUGAGAGCACCACAACGCAACCCUUACGAGAGAGUUCGACUGCUUAUAUUCGCAGUCGUGCGCCACUCAGCUCAGUCGCCGAAGAGGACCUUAUCGCACUUGACAACAACCUUCCAGAACGAUCUGAUCACCCCGUUAUCCAAUCGCUUUUCAUCCCGACUCAGCGGCUUUCAUCAGUCCCGGUACCGGAGCUACGCCGACGCCGCUCUCAGCCCAUCCUUGUUCCUAGAGCCUUUGGCGGUCCCGGUUACUUCCUCAUUGCAGCUACCACUGCUUCCAUCAAACCACGAGCAAAGAGCUGGAUCAGCAAGAGUGCUGACUUUGAACAGUUUUGUAUACAUUACAUGUUGAUCUCUUCAAUUCUCACUCGAUUGUACAUUUUUCUUUAUUGUUCCCGUACUCUUGUUCCUGAUCUUUUUGAAACCUAG